GCUGCCAUGGCGAACCAGAAGAGAAGGGGUAUCUUAGAGCGCCUGGAUGCCGGGGAGGUGGUUGUGGGAGAUGGAGGAUAUGUGCUGCAGCUGGAGCGGCGUGGCUACGUGAAGGCAGGGCACUGGACACCCGAGGCUGCAGUGGAGCAUCCUGAAGCUGUGCGGCAGCUGCACAGGGAGUUCCUGAGAGCUGGAGCCGAUGUGAUUCAAACCUUCACUUUCUACUGCAGCGAGGAUAAACUGGAGAUGAGUGCCAAUGUCUCCAACAUCACUGGUGCCCAGAUCAACAGUGCAGCCUGCGACCUGGCCAGAGAGGUCGCCGAUGAGGGCGGCGCUCUGGUGGCUGGAGGUGUGUCCCAGACUCCACUCUAUGCAAAUAAAGGCAGUGAGAGUGACGUCAAAGCCAUCUUCAAGAAACAGCUGGAUGACUUCCUGAAAAAGGACAUUGACUUCUUCAUGGUGGAAUACUUUGAUUAUGUCGAAGAGGCAGUGUGGGGCGUGGAAGUCAUGAAAACUGGUGGGAAACCUGUAGGAGCCACACUUUGUAUCUCACCUCAUGGAGACAGGGAAGGAGUCCCACCUGGAGAGUGUGCUGUGAGACUGGUCAAAGCUGGAGCGGACAUCGUGGGAAUAAACUGCCACCUGGAUCCACUCGCAUGUGUUCGCACAGUGAAACUAAUGAAAGAGGGUCUGGAGAAAGCUGGUCUGAAAGCACAUCUCAUGGUCCAGCCGCUUGGCUUCCACACACCAGAGUGUAACAUCGGAGGAUACGUCAGUCUACCAGAGUACCCCUUUGCUCUGGAGACCAGAAUCAUCACGCGCUGGGAUGUCCAUAAAUAUGCCAGAGAGGCUUACAAUGCAGGAAUCCGCUAUAUCGGUGGCUGCUGUGGAUUUGAGCCGUACCAUAUCAGGGCCAUAUCAGAAGAGCUGGCAGAAGAGAGAGGAUUCCUCCCACCGGCCUCAACGAAGCACUCACUCUGGGCAGCUACUCUGGAGACACACACUAAACCCUGGAUCAAGGCCAGAGCUGGUCGACAGUACUGGGAAAACCUCCUGCCUGCCUCUGGACGCCCCAAAUGUCCUUCCAUGGCGACACCUGCGGAUUAGAA